AUGCCUCGACCUUCGAGUGCCGAACCCUCGGAAAAGUCCACGAUCGUAGACGAAGAAGCUGCGACGCCACCCAAGCUCCCAGAGCAGCCAGAUCAACCGCCUCGGUACUCCAUCUACACGACAUGGGAGAAGCGAGCCAUUGUUCUCGCUGCCUGCCUGGCUGCCUUCUUCUCGCCUUUCACCGCCCAGAUCUAUCUCCCGGCGCUGACGGUUCUGGCUCACGAGUUCAAGGUCUCCGACUCGGACAUCAACCUCACCAUGACAACGUACAUGAUUUUCCAGGGAAUUGUCCCCAUGUUCAUCGGUUCGUUGGCCGACCACAGCGGCCGCAGACCCGCCUAUGUCAUCUGCUUCGUUGUCUACAUCGCGGCAAACAUUGGCCUGGCGUUAUCUCAGAACUACGCCUCCCUGCUCGUUGUCCGUUGCAUACAAUCUGCAGGCUCCAGCAGCACUGUCGCGCUGGCCUCGGCGGUUGUGGCCGAUGUCGUUACCUCGGCGGAAAGGGGGCAGUACAUUGGAAUCACAGUUGUGCCAAUUGUUCUGGCUCCUGCCCUAGGCCCAGUGCUAGGUGGUGUUCUCACUCGGUUCCUCGGUUGGAGGUCCAUCUUCUGGUUCCUUGCCAUCCUGGCCGGCGUGUACUUCGUCAUCCAGCUGCUCUUCUUUCCGGAAACGUGCCGCAUGAUCGUCGAUGACGGGUCCGUUCGACCUCCUCGGCUAUAUCGGACAGGCCAUCAGCUAUUAAAGGAUUACUUCCAGGCCAAGAAAGGGACUGGAGCUCCGGUGACGAGGUCCAUUACGGGAGCGUCCAACACCUCCAGGCCUACACUAAAGUUCAAGCUUAACCCGUUCGGUUCUCUUCUCAUGCUCUUCGAAAGGGAGCUGGGCCUGCUUCUCGGCUUCAGUGCCAUCGUCUUUGCCGGGUUUUACGCCAUAUCGGCCUCCAUGCCGACUCAGCUCGGAGAGAUCUACGGCUUUGACAGUCUGAAAGUCGGUCUCAUGUAUCUGCCCCUGGCCGGCGGCUCUGUCGUUGCCGCGUUUGUUGUAGGGCCACUGACCAACUGGAACUAUCGUCGGCACUGCAAGCGGCUGGGCCUCUCGUGUGAAAAGUCUCGCCAGCAAGAUCUGUCCGACUUUCCCAUUGAGAAAGCCCGUCUCGAGGUUGGUCUGCCGUUAUUGUUCCUGAGUUCGAUCCUCCUUCUUAUUUGGGGCUGGGCUCUCCAUCUUCGCGCCCAUGUGGCAGUUCCAUGCGUGCUGCUUUUUCUCUUCGGCGUGGGCAUGAUCGGGUUCAACAAUACCGCCAGCACCCUCAUCAUCGACAUUCACCCGAGCAAGGCCGGAACCGCCACGGCGGCGAACAACUUGACCAGGUGCUUACUGGGCGCAGCCGCGACUGCAGCAAUCGUCCCCAUGAUUAACGGGAUGGGUGUGGGCUGGGCCUUCACCCUCCUGGGCCUCCUGUACAUUGUCUUCAGUCCGGCCUUAUUGGCCAUCAUGUACUGGGGCGUGCAGUGGCGCAAGGACGCCAAGGAAAGGGAGCUUAAGAAAAGCGCAUCAUGA